AUGAGUCAGAGGCAAUCAGGUACUCAAGCGUUAUAUUGCACACCCUCCGAUGAUUCCAAGCUCGACCGGCGUCAUUGCAUGUAUGCUGUGGGGAGUAUGCUGUCUGGCGACAGCAAAGCGGUGGCUACUGCAGGCGUAGGGCUCUUUGUAUUCGUGCGUUCAACACGCAUGUGGCUCAAUGCCAUGCAAACGGUAGGUCAAGUCGGCUUUUGCUACGGCACGUCGCACCCAGAGGCCGUAGUUGACUUCGCAGCAACAUACGCUGCACGAGAAGCUAGACGUGGCGAAGAGAAUCCAGAAGCGGACAAAACCACACACUUCUGGGAUAGAUACGAUUCUCGCCGUGGUCGACAUCAGUAUGAAUGUCGCAUUUCCCACAAGUAUAAAGACACCACAAAUCCGAGGCUGGUGCACUCUAGCUACUACUAUCAUCAGACUCAGACAUUUGCCAUGGCCUCUUCGGUCGUCAAGAUCCUGAGCCACCUGGCUGUUUUGUGCAGUGUCUUACCUCACGUUUCAGGAGAGCAGCAUGCAGAUCAGCUUGCGGAAAGGGACACGUCUCUCCAACCACGCGGUUUUCUCGAUUCUUGCGUUGAUUGGGGGGGUACUGUCAUGAACGAAAAAUAUAAGAUGGCUGCGAUUUGCAGGACUACAACAGGCGAUUGGACAUGGUCGGUCCUUGACUUGAACCAUUGCAUGGUAAAUCGUGACGGUUCUUUGAUGGCGCAAGACGACGGACACUUCUUCCUCCGCCGGUCCCUCACGCAAAACGACGACAGCGACGAGCGUCAUGUUGAUCACGGGAUAGACCUUAAUUUGGUGGUCGGCAAUGACAACGGAACUCUGUUCUGUGGGCGCCAAGCCUACAAGGGGCUUGUAUACAGCCAAGAUCAAAUUAGCUGGUCUGAUCUGGGGGCCAUCAAGGUCAGCGAAUGA